AUGUACAAUUUUUUCAGUAUAAUAUUUUGUUUGUUUGUGUGAAUUAUUAUAGCCUCAAAAAGAUAAUAUGGAAUCAAGACAUAGGACCUCUCAACUAGAAUCAUAGCUUGGAAAAAAAGGAAAUUUUGAAUCCAUGGCCUUGAAUUUCACUGCUGUUACUCCAUUUCUGAUACAAAAACACAAAUUGAAGCUCUACCAAUCUCCAUCUCCGUCUCCGUCUCCGUCUCCAUCUCCUCUUAGAACAGUUGCAGCAUAUGAUGGAAAAGAAGGUGGAGGAAGAGUUACAGAGGAGGACCCUCCUGCCUACUCUGGGUCGUCGUCUUCCACUCGCACGCAGCUGGAUCUCUUAGAACAACUCACUUCCAUUAGCUCAUCGGUCGAUGAUGGUUAUGCAAGUGAUGGUAGCUCGAGGAAUCUUACGAUUCGCGAUCAGCUAGCUCGGUUGGUUGGGGACCAAGAUGAUGAUUUCAGCAUUCCAUUGGGUAAAAAACUGAAAAAUUUCAGUCCAAAGUUGCUAACAAUCUCACAGAAGAGAAACAUAAGAAGACAGGCUUACUUGGAUGAAGUCUCUCUGAGGAAUGAUACAGUUUUCUUUACCACUAUUGGAGCAUUUGUAAUUCUCCCUCCUCUUAUUAUUUUAGGAAUUGCUAUACUGACUGGUUAUGUGCAGCUCUUUCCAUGACAAAAUAUAUUCAUUAAAAUUAUUAUUAUUAUUAUUAUAGAGAAAUUAUUGAAAAUC